AUGAAGACAGUUCCUUCAAGUAGAACACAUCAUUCGACUCACAGAUCUUCAAAACAUUCUGCCUAAUCUGACGAUCAUCACAUCAUCACCUUAUAAAAUACUCAACGUUUACACAGAACUCUUUAAAAAAAAGGAACAUUUACAAUUGAGUCAGUACCAGAUACCAAUUAAUAAGCCAGAAACAGUAUCAAAUCAAAUGCUGCAGUGUCUCCAGCCAGAAAUCUACUCAAAACACCUACUCUAAUAAGAAAAAACUCUGGCUACCAAGUAAUUAAAACAAACAAUAGAAUUGAAACUCAAUAAUUUAAUCACCAUCAGCCUAAUAAUCUAGCCACCAUACCAUCUUUAUAAGAAUUACCAGAUUCGGUUAGAUAGAGUGAAAUCUAAUUGAUAGGAGAAAUCAAAUAAAAUUAAGAUAAUAGAUAAAAUUAUUUUUAUACUAAUACUGUUUAUAGAGUAUUAACGAGAUGUGUCAUUUCUCAAGGAUUGAUUGGUUGCUUUUUGCUUUUGGGAUUGCACCCUGCCUUGUGUGUGUUAAUAGAUUUGGUCGCAGUUUGGAUAUUCAGAUUUUUGCAAUCGGACAGGAGAUGGGUUCAAGUGCUACAAUUAUUCAUUAGCUUUGGAUUUGACAUUUCUAUUCUUCUCUUAUUCUAAAUCGAUCUAACUUGGACCAUCUCCUUAGUCGUUCUUAUCUUCGUUGAUUCAGUCUUGGAAGUGAUAAUCCUCAAAGCUUAAAGAUCUACUUCCUCAGAAACAAUUCAAACUCAAAACUGA